GAACGUCCGCAGCCCUCUUUUUCCAUAACAGCGCCCUGGGACCGUACAGUUGAGCUUGCGAAGCUGCGCCAUAGCUCCCUCCUCCUGGCCACCCGGCCGACUGCCGCCUGUGCAGCUCCGCCAUGCGACGCACGUCAUGGACUGUAUCGCUGCUGGCUUCCGUGCUAUUAACGGCGCCCUCAGCAGCAUACAGAACCUACCGCAACUACUCCGCCAUCGAUGUACCAGAGAACCCCUUCUCAAUAUAUGACGACCGGCCCGACGGAUGUCCACCAUGCUUCAACUGCAACCUAGAUGACUUCAAAUGCCACCAGUUCGCCGAGUGCAGCAAGGCGAACGGGAAAUGCAACUGUCCGCCGGGCUUUGGAGGAGAGGACUGCUCGGAACCCCUCUGCGGCGCGCUACCGGAUGGUCGCAACCGAGCUCCCAGGGGGAAGGAGAAGUACUGCCAGUGCAGUGAGGGAUGGGAAGGCAUAAACUGCAAUGUAUGCCGAACAAAUCAGGCAUGCAAUGCCCUCAUGCCGGAGGGCGAGGGUGGUGUCUGUUACCAGGACGGACAGUUGGUCAACGAGAACUUCCAAAUGUGUGACAUCACGAACCGGAAGAUUUUGGAUCAGCUCAAGGAGAAGAAACCACAGGCGACCUUCUCCUGCACCAAGGAGACAGGGGAAUGUAACUUCCAAUUCUGGGUUGACCAAAGGGAAUCCUUCUACUGCGCUCUGGACAACUGUUCAGCAUCAUGGAAGGCGGAGAGUGACCGAAACACCACCGAAUACGUUUGCGAACAUAUCAAGUGCUCUUGUGUGCCGGGCAGGAUGCUGUGCGGCGAGGCAGGGUCCAUAGAUAUAGGCGAUUUCUUGAAAGAAGAGAUCAAGGGGCCGGCCAGCUUCAAGUCGGUUGCUGCGGAAAAAGCCAAAGACAGUGGCACCAUAUUCUCGGAACCGGCUAUGAAUGACCUCAUUUCGAGUGUCUUUGGCGACGAGAGCAUCUUCCUGAACUGUAUCUCCGGAGAGUGUCUCUAUGAGACCGAGGUACCUGGUUACGAGAGGCCUGUCAAGACUAUAAAUACGCCCUUGAUUGCUGGAGUCAUCGCCGGGUGUGCUCUGUUCGUAGUCGCGGCAGUACUGGUCAUCUACUACCUGUCACGGCGAGCAGAGCAAAGGCGAUGGGGUGCAAUCCACCUCUCCGAUGACGAAGAGGAGGAGAAUGCCAAACUUCUAGCCGAUCACAAACCGGCGGCCUUGUCGUUCGAAAACGUUUUUUACGCACUCAAAGGCCGCCAAAUUCUCUCUGGCAUCUCGGGCGCUGUGCAUCCUGGCGAGCUACUAGCCAUCAUGGGUGCUUCCGGCGCCGGAAAGACAACCUUUCUGGAUAUCCUCGCACGGAAGAACAAGUCUGGAAUUGUCGGUGGCGACUUCUACCUCAACGGCGAAAAGGUCCGGGACGACGAGUUCAGGAGUGUUAUUGGCUUUGUUGAUCAGGACGACACCCUUCUGCCGACACUCACCGUCCAUGAGACGAUCCUGGAUUCUGCGCUGCUCCGUCUGCCCAAAGAGAUGAGCCGUGCGUCGAAGGAGCAAAGAGUAGAAGACGUGGAACGACAACUGGGAAUCUAUCACAUCCGGCAUCAGACAAUUGGCUCCGAGGAGAGCGGACGCGGCAUCUCUGGUGGAGAGAAACGUCGUGUUGGCAUCGCCUGCGAGCUUGUGACUUCGCCUAGUAUUCUCUUUUUGGACGAACCCACCAGUGGGCUGGAUGCCUACAAUGCCUUUAACGUCGUGGAGUGUCUGGUCCACUUGGUCAAGAACUACAACAGGACCGUCAUCUUCACCAUCCACCAGCCGCGUUCUAACAUUGUUGCGCUCUUCGACCACCUAAUCCUGCUCGCCAAAGGCAGGACCGUGUAUUCCGGCCCGUUUGAAAGCUGUCAACCAUACUUUGACAACAUUGGCUACACCUGCCCCCCAGGUUUCAACAUCGCGGACUAUCUCGUUGAUUUGACCAUGCACGCGAGCAAUGUCAGGCAACGCCCGAUUGACGAAGACACCUCUCUUUUUAGUAGAGAGGGCUUGCAGACCAGCUCCAGCAGUGCCAUCGCAGUCAAGUCGAUCCCGAGCAUCAGAAGCAGCACCAUCGAACGUGAGGCGCCCGGAAGUCCUACCGCCAGCACUUCAGCAAGUUUCCGCCCGAAAAGCAAGCGAAAAGCCUCAAUCCGGCAGCAGCAGGAACGCGAGCUGUUCACUCGCAAAAAGGCCACGGGCGCUUCAGAUGGUAUGGUGAGCCCCAAGACGGACGAUGAAAGUGUUCCCUUUGACCGCCAAGAGAGUCUGAAUGCGCAGUGGCUAAAACUUUCUCGUCAAUCAGGCGCACCUCCUCCCCAGAUACUUGAGGAUCCUGAUGAGCUCCCACCUCCAGCGGACGGCGGGACCGGAACGAACCUUGACACUCUUGUCUCCGCAUAUGCGGCAUCUGAUGUUGCCGCUGCUCUACGGGACGAUAUCGCCAAUUCAAGGACAAGAGCACGGGAAGCCAGUGGAGAUAGCUCCGACGAGCAAAGUGCGAAUGGAUAUGUGGCAUCCGGCAAACUGAAGGGAUUCAGGAAGGUCGGAGUUCUGGGGCAGUUCAUCAUCCUCUCAAAGCGCACCUGGCGCAACCUGUACCGCAACCCCAUGCUCAUGCUCACGCACUAUGCCAUCGCCAUUGUCCUCGCCGUCUUCCUCGGCUUCCUCUUCUACGGCCUGACCGAUGACAUCAAAGGCUUCCAAAACCGUCUGGGGCUCUUCAUCUUCGUCCUCGCCCUCUUCGGCUUCGGCACUCUCACCAUUCUCACCGUGUUCGGGCCCGAGCGCCUCCUCUUCACCCGCGAACGUGCAAAAGGUUAUUAUAGCCCUAUAUCCUACUUCGCAGCCAAAGUCAUCUUCGACAUCGUUCCGCUGCGCCUGAUUCCGCCAAUCAUCCUCGGCGUCAUCGUGUACCCGAUGACGGGUCUCGUCCCUGCGUGGCCACAGUUCCUCAAAUUCAUCCUCUUCCUCGUGCUCUUCAACCUCGCCGCCGCGGCCAUCUUCCUCUUCAUCGGCAUCGUCUUCGCCAACGGCGGGGUCGCGAACCUCUUUGGCGUACUGGUGAUGCUCUUCUCGCUCCUCUUCUCGGGCUUCCUCCUCAACAAGGACAGCAUCCCGCCGACGGCCAAGUGGCUGCAGAGCCUGUCGAUAUUCCACUACGCGUUCGAGGGGCUCAUUGUCAACGAAGUCAAGUACCUGAGCCUCAUUGAUCACAAGUACGGGCUCGAUAUUGAGGUGCCCGGGAGCGCGAUCCUGAGCAGUUUCGGGUUCGAUGUGCUGGCGCUGUGGAGGGAUUGUGUGGGGUUGGCGGUGUUUGGGGGCUGUUUUGUGGUGUUGGCUUAUGUGGCGAUGCAUUUGCUGUUGGUGGAGAGACGGUAGAUGGGUUAAGGUUUGAGGGGAAUGUGGGAGUAGGGGGUUGUCGACAUGUGUAGUAUAUUUUGCUUGUUUUGGCGUGUGUUUUCUGGCACGUAGGGUGUACAUGGGGGUUCAGUUCAUCAUGGGUUAUCAACACCUUUUCAU